GCCAGCAGACGAUAUCAACGGCAUUCGUGGAGCGAGCUCCGAGUGGGCAGCAGCGAGCAGUGGGCAAAAUGGUGGCAGACGAGAAGUUAUUUUUCUCGAAAGCCGUUCAACAUUUGGCUAGAUGUUUAGCAGCGAUCAAGCCUACGCCAUGGGAAAAGGUAAUACAGUUGUUCAAACUAUGCCCGCAAGAAUCUGCUCAAGGUAUAUAUCGGUUGGACCAAAGAGGUCAGGACGCGACCAUCGCUUUGGGAAUAUAUUUUCUGGAAUCCGGUCUGCAACACAGGGAUCGAAUAUUGCCUUAUCUUUUGCGACUACUACGUGGUCUUCCCAAAGCUGUUUGGUUGGAUGAAAUCAGAUGCUCCCCUACGGAACGUAUUCCUGUUGCGGAAAGGUUCAGUUUCUGUUUGAACACAUUGCUCAGCGAUGUCGCGGUCAGAUGCGAACCUGUACGCGAAGAGAUCAUUUCUACCCAGGUAGAAAUAUUAACGGUUCUGACAAAUCUUAUAAGAGGAUACAAAGAUCAAAAUGGCAACAGAGGAAUGCAAGCAAAGCUGUCGUUAUGCAAAUCCAUAGUUCCAGUCUUGAUCGGUUUAGCCCGAUCGAUGGGUCGUUUCGCGUGUACAGAUCCGCCUCUCCUUUGUCGCAUUUUCCCAAAACCAGAACCACCCCUCUCUGUAGCAAACACAGAAACACAUUUAACAUCGGAAAAGAAACAACAUAGCUUUCCCAAUUUCCGACCGAUUAUCCCACGUUCUUUAAGUGGCAACUUGAAUCCUCAUCCGGCCAUUGAUAACACUCCUAGCCUUCUAACUGGGGACUACGAUUUCCCUUGCGCUAAACGACCGUCGUUGCAUUCGUACUCGUCGGUGCCCUACGACCCAGCUACGUACUUCUUCAGCAGAUACGGAUCGAGCUUCAAUCAGUUCCCUCAAAUGCGAUGCAACGAAAGCCCCGAGAGGAGAGCCGGGAUGCAAUUUAGCGUGGUUCAUUUGCAAAGCGUGCUAGCCUUGGCAAAAAAAUUACUCACCAAAGAGAUUCUAACGUUUCUCGACGAAGAGGCCAAUCAAAUUUAUAAUUUAGAUCAGGUGCAAAUAUUUCCUUACCGGACGUUCAACGAAACAAUGAAUCUAGUAAUGGUUGCUCUUUUGCGGGAAUUGUUGCAAAAUCAACGCGACCUGCCUGCUCCUUUCACAAGAGAUGUGCAGGAGUUUGUGAAAGGACUCUUUUUAUCAGGCCAAACGGAAUUACAAUCACGCCAGCACGACGCCAGUGAGCGCGAAGACAUGGACACAAAUUUUCGAACUGUAAAUAGAUUUAAAGUAAACGUAAUGGCUAAUUCUGCGUGCGUUGACCUCCUUGUGUGGGCAAUCGGCGAUGAAACUGUGAGAGACCAGUAUGAUUUAUCCGCGCUAUUCGCAGAUAUCAGUUCGAUGCUGAUCGGCGAGGGUGCUGAUAGUUUGUGUGGCCGUCUGGUCGAAAAGAUUAACUCCAAUCAUGGACCAAAAUUGGUGCUGGCUCAUAUGCCUCUACUGAUGGUGUGCUUGGAAGGGUUGGGAAAGUUAGCGCAGAAGUUUCCUAACAUAGCGAGUACGUCUAUAUAUUACCUUCGAGACUUUCUCGUCGUUCCAUCGCCUAUACUUCUUAAACUCCAUCGUCAGCAACAUGGGAAAGGAAAAGAAAUGCAAAAUAUGAAAGAAACAACAUCGUCCGCGCAAAUGGCCUUUGAAAAGCUCCGCGAUGCGGCCAUCGGUAACCUUUGCAUCGCUUUGGAAGCUGCUCACUCUGUGAAUGCAGAUUGCGUACCAGCAUUGGUCGCCAGUGUUUCGAACAGAUUGUUCGCUGCUGAUAUAUCCGAUGGCGAUUCAGAUGAGAAGACGAAUAGCGAAUUAAUUUCCAAAAACAUAGUAAUCAUGUUGGGACAUGUCGCCGUUGCGCUGAAAGACACUCCGAGGACCAUGCGCACGAUAUUCUCAUUUUUCCAGCAAAUAUUCUGCCGUGCACCGAGCGAUCUUGAUUUUCUGAUCGUGGAUCAAUUAGGCUGUAUGAUAAUUGCGAAAUGCGAGCCAAAGAUUUACGGAGACAUAAUGGAGAUGUUCUCCAUGUCGUUGGGCUCGAGCACUGCGACUUAUGCCGCGAACGACGACCGCAAACAGUAUUGUCACGUGGCUAAUGCAGUCACAAACGCUCUUGCGAAUAUUGCAGCGAAUCUACAGGGUGCGUCGGAAUUGGACGAUCUGCUGCUUCAUUUGCUUGAACUUUUCGUUCAGCUUGGAUUGGAGGGUAAACGUGCCAGUGACAAGGUGUCGAACAAUGUUACUGCAACGAAGGCGGCGAGUAGCGCAGGAAAUUUGGGUGUGCUAAUUCCCGUGAUCGCUAUAUUAGUACGACGACUUUCGCCGAUUAGACAUCCAGAGAAGAGAUUGUUGAAACUUUUUAAGGACUUCUGGCUGUAUUGCGUUGUGAUGGAUUUCGCUAGUGAUCAAGCAGCAAGAUUGUGGCCCCCGGAGUGGCACGAGGGCGUGAAGGAAAUCGCUGUGAAAUCGCCUUAUCUUAUUUCACAAACCAGCGCUCGAUUCGAAAUGAGGGAAUUGCAGUAUACUUCGGCUGUACGGAACGACAGCGUCUCGUUGAACGAGUUGCAGGAACUGAGGAAUCAAAUAUUAAAAUUGAGUACUCGGAACAACGACAUAUCGCAAUACGUAACGAAAUUGCAGUUCGCUCAGUGCACAUAUUUAUUAUCCGUGUAUUGGUUAGAAACGUUAAGAGUGGAAAACAGCCCCGAGCCAAGUUUGCAGCCGAUCAUGGAGUAUCUAUGCGAUACUUAUUUGCAAAAGGAAAAGAGUGGUAUGUGGCAGUGCGUGUGUUGCGUCGCCGAUUUCGUCUUUGUUAAAUUUAAGGACGCUAUGCAGCGUAAACCAAAGGACGAGAAGCGAGAGAUGCAACUCGAGAAUCAUGCACAAUUUCUACUCGUGCAUUUCAAUCACGUGCACAAGCAAAUUAGACGGAUAGCUGAUAAAUAUCUCAGCGCUUUGGUGGAUGCAUUCCCGCAUCUUUUGUGGAAUUGCAAGGUGCUAUGGAGCAUGCUGGACAUAUUACAGAUUUUAUCCUUCUCGUUACAAAUUGAUCCAAACGAAGAAACGCCAAUUCUGCGAAUACCAAGUACACCGUACAGCAUCGAACUCAUGGAUACAUCGGAAGCGAGAGAGAUCAUCGUGAAAGAUUUCACCGCGAGGUGCAAAGGCAUAGUGCAGGAAGCCAUGAAGUGGGCGCCGCAGGCCACCAGAUCGCACUUACAAGAAUAUGUGAAUCAGAUACCGUCGUCCGGAUUGAAACAUCAUUCUGGUUUGUGUUUGUCUACAGACUCGGUCCUCGAAUUUGUGGACCUUGCUGUUCCAAUGUCCGCCUUGCCAAACACUAAUUCGUUAGAUAAACGGCCACGAUGUCCGAAAGGCGCGAGCUCGUGGCUUUUGUCGAUGAUGUCGACGCGAUCGCGGUACGCCGGAGAAAUAGCCGGAAUACUUUACUUAGCGCAAACGGAAUCUUCCACCACGGAGAUACCUUUGGAAGAAAACAGAAACAAAGUUAUCGACCUGUUGAUCGAAGCCGUUUGGAUGAGCUGUCGCACUCGCAACGAUCUCAAACAUCGUAGCUCUCUUUGGCGUGCCACAGCACUCUUGAUCUCCAUGCCUGGAAUACACAGACGAUUGCUGCAUACGGUAGCAUCCUCGCAGAUAGAAUUAUUCACUGCCGCAUCCAUGACCACAGCGGUCGAAUGUUGGCAAUGGAUACUCACGGUCAGGCCUGAUCUCAAGCUACGCUUCUUACAAGAAAUGCUUGUCGCGUGGCAGUACACCGUUGAUAAGAGGAUGGGUCUGUUCGCCCCAAAUGAAGAGGAAGUCAGCCCGCUGGCAGUGUACGAAGGAUGCAAAUUAGGCCCGAAUCCCCCUCUGGUGAAGCCUCACGAAAUUUGGGUCGGCUUUAUCGUGGAAUUAAUCGAAACUGCCAAGUAUUGCUGUCAGGAGACAGUCGACAUGAUCGCCACCCUGCUGCACAGGACGCUGCCAAUGACCGUUGGUGGUUCCGGCGAGGAACCUGGAAUGAGUCGACACGUUGCUGCGGUGGGGGUGCGCUUUAAACUGCUCUCUUGCGGAUUGUUUCUCCUUCAAGGAGAUACUUUGCCAAGGACGUUGAGCAAAAAUGUAUUACGCGAACGCGUUUAUUGUAACUGUUUGGAUUACUUCUGUCGGGAUCGUCAAGUGCCAACGCAAGAACUCGAUCAACUGCGCGAGGAUUUGGUCACGCUCAUACGCUUCUGGCAGGUUAUGCACAGCGAUAAAAAAUAUCUGGUGAUGACUGGUAACGAUGGUGAAUUUGAGAUGCUAACGACCCAGUCCUACGCGACGAGUGGUUUUGGGCAUAGUGAGACAAUCGGCUCGCUGAACACAGCUCUGGGUACAACGAACACCGAGUUUUCGAAAACCCCGUCGAGCGUAUGGAUUAAUACUGUCCCAAUGUCCACCAGUAGCAACACUCUGAGUAAACGUAGCAAUCGUAGCAAGCGCGUCAUGAACGCUAAUGUUUUCGUAAAAGAUUACAUAAAGAAGCGAAACUUGAUUCUGGAAUUAUUGGCAGUGGAAAUAGAAAUGUUGCUGGUCUGGAGGAAUCCCGGUGGAAGACAGGAACUUGCGCUUGCAGGUGAAUCGAGUAUCGCGGAAUGGCGUGCCAAGGGCAUGAACGACAAGUGGCGCGAAUACACGCGUCUCGCGUGGCAAAUCAGUCCUGUUCUCGCUACAUUUUUGCCUGCUCGACUGAAGAAUUCCGAAAUUAUUAUCAAAGAAGUGUGCGUACUGGUACGUCUCAAACCCGUGCCAGUCAUGCACGUGCCAGAAGCUCUGCAAUACCUGGUUACAACGGAUACGUUACUGAACGACGUACCUGAGUUGGUGUACAUGUUGACAUGGGAAAGAGUGUCACCUAUUCAAGCACUGGCGUACUUUUCCCGUCAGUUUCCUCAUCAUCCGAUCUCUGCGCAGUACGCGGUAGAGGUGCUGAGCAGUUACCCAGCGGAUGCUGUGCUUUUCUAUAUACCUCAACUCGUGCAAGCAGUGCGUCACGAUACCAUGGGUUAUGUUAUAGAAUUUAUCAAGAAAAUUUCGAAACGUUCGCAGGUAGUGGCGCAUCAAUUAAUUUGGAACAUGCAUACAAACAUGUACAUGGACGAAGAUAGACAAAUAAAGGAUCCCGUUCUCUUCGAUAUACUUGACUCGCUGGUGAAGAGUAUCCUGGGAUCGUUGUCUGGUCCAGCGAAACAGUUCUACGAAAGGGAAUUCGAAUUCUUUGAAAAAAUUACAAAUAUUUCUGGUGAGAUAAGGCCAUACCCCAAAGGUCCUGAACGCAAAAAGGCGUGCUUGAAGGCUUUGGCUCAGAUAAAAGUACAACCUGGUUGCUAUUUACCGUCUAACCCUGAAGCCAUGGUUCUUGAUAUCGAUUAUAAAAGCGGAACUCCUAUGCAGAGUGCCGCGAAAGCACCGUUUUUGGCGCGUUUCAAAGUACAAAAAUAUGGUAUUAACGAAUUAGAAAAUAUCGCGUUGGCUGUAUCAGCUAAUGGGAAAGUGGAAAUUAAAAGAGACCCGACGAAAGAAACGUGGCAGGCUGCCAUCUUCAAAGUCGGCGACGACGUUAGACAAGAUAUGCUAGCUCUGCAAGUGAUCAGUAUUUUCAAAAAUAUAUUCCAGAAAGUUGGAUUGAAUCUAUUUUUAUUCCCGUACAGAGUAGUAGCUACAGCGCCUGGAUGUGGCGUUAUAGAAUGCGUACCAAACGCGACGUCUCGCGAUCAACUUGGUCGAACAACCGACAUCGACAUGUAUCAAUAUUUCAUCACUCGUUACGGCGACGAAACGACAAAAGAAUUCCAAAACGUUCGUCGAAAUUUCGUGAGAUCAAUGGCCGCUUACAGCGUCAUCACGUAUCUCUUGCAAAUAAAGGAUCGCCACAACGGCAACAUUAUGCUGGACACCGAAGGUCAUAUCAUACAUAUCGAUUUUGGGUUCAUGUUCGAGAGUUCACCAGGUGGUAACCUAGGAUUUGAGCCUGAUAUUAAACUGACUGAUGAAAUGGUGCUCGUAAUGGGAGGUAAAAUGGAGGCGGCGCCCUUCCGUUGGUUCAUGGAAUUGUGCGUACAAGCUUUCCUCGCGGUGAGGCCUUAUCAAGAGGCAAUCAUUUCUCUGGUUUCUCUGAUGCUCGAUACCGGGUUACCCUGUUUCCGUGGACAGACGAUCAAGCUUCUACGCGGUAGAUUCGUACCGACAGCUACCGAUCGCGAAGCAGCGGCCUUUAUGCUCAAUGUAAUACGCAACAGCUACCUCAACUUCCGUACGAAAACUUACGACAUGAUACAGUAUUAUCAGAAUCAAAUUCCUUAUUAAAUUAUUACGUUUGAGAGAGACUUCCGUAUUAUGAUUGUUAGUCCAGAACGGAGAAAUUCAUUUCUUUCCGUGAAGAUUGUUGAACAGGUACACGGUGUACUGUAUUGUUAGAUAUGGCAGUAUCUAAUCUGCCGAAUGUACAAACCUCUCACCGUCAAUGUUAUACGUAGACUCACAGAAAUUUUAUGAAAGCGUCGUGCUCUGUAUGUAUGUAAUAAUGUAUUAUAAACUCAAGAAUUAUUCUAUAUGCCUGCCGUUCGCAGGAGACGUGUAUAUGAAAACAUUCCUCUGUUUAUUAUUUAUGUACUGUUAUCGAUUAAACAUUAAAUGGGAAAAUUACUUUAAAAAAAAAA